CUGGGCCUCUCCCGGGCGCAGAGUCCCUUCCUAGGCCAGAUCCGCGCCGCCUUUUCCCGCGGCCCUCACGGGGCCCAGCUGACGGGCCGCGUUGUUUACGGGCCCGAGCAGCCCUCUCUCCCGCCGUCCACCCGCCACCCGCCAGCUCAGGUGCCCGCCCUCCAGUCAGCUAGUCCGUCGGUCCGCGCGUCCCUCUGUCCAGGAGCCCGCAGAUUGCGACCCAGAGCGCGCAGGGCCGAGAGCCGAGAGACAGUCCCGAGCGCAGCGCGGAGUUCCGGGCCCCGAGAUCCUGGGACGGGGCCCGGGCCGCAGCGGCCGGGGGUUCGGGGCGGCCACCGCGAGGGCCUCCGCUCAGUAUUUGUAGCUGGCGAAGCCGCGCGCGCCCUUCCCGGGGCUGCCUCUGGGCCCUGCCCGGCAAGGGGGCUGCGGCCCGCGGGUCGCCGGCGUGGAAAAGAAGGACGCGCGGCCCCCAGCGCCUCUUGGGUGGCUGCCUCGGAGCAUGACCCCCGGGGGCCAGCGCCCCGCGCUCUGAUCCGAGGAGACCCCGCGCUCCCGCAGCCAUGGGCACAGGGGGCCGGCGGGGGGCGGCGGCGGCGCCGCUGCUGGUGGCGGUGACCGCGCUGCUAUUGGGCGCCGCGGGCCACCUGUAUCCUGGAGAGGUGUGUCCCGGCAUGGAUAUCCGGAACAACCUCACUAGGUUACAUGAGCUGGAGAAUUGCUCUGUCAUCGAAGGACACUUGCAGAUACUCUUGAUGUUCAAAACGAGGCCCGAAGAUUUCCGAGACCUCAGUUUCCCCAAACUCAUAAUGAUCACUGAUUACUUGCUGCUCUUCCGUGUCUAUGGGCUCGAGAGCCUGAAGGACCUGUUCCCCAACCUCACGGUCAUCCGGGGAUCACGACUGUUCUUUAACUACGCUCUGGUCAUCUUCGAGAUGGUUCACCUCAAGGAACUUGGCCUCUACAACCUGAUGAACAUCACCCGGGGUUCUGUCCGCAUCGAGAAGAACAAUGAGCUCUGUUACUUGGCCACUAUCGACUGGUCCCGUAUCCUGGAUUCUGUGGAGGAUAAUUACAUCGUAUUGAACAAAGAUGACAACGAGGAGUGUGGAGACAUCUGUCCGGGUACCGCGAAGGGCAAAACCAACUGCCCAGCCACCGUCAUCAACGGGCAGUUUGUCGAACGGUGUUGGACUCAUAGUCACUGCCAGAAAGUUUGCCCGACCAUCUGUAAGUCACAUGGCUGCACUGCCGAAGGCCUCUGUUGCCACAGCGAGUGCCUGGGCAACUGUUCUGAGCCCGAUGACCCCACCAAGUGCGUGGCCUGCCGCAACUUCUACCUGGACGGCAGAUGUGUGGAGACCUGCCCGCCCCCGUACUACCACUUCCAGGACUGGCGCUGUGUGAACUUCAGCUUCUGCCAGGACCUGCACCACAAAUGCAAGAACUCACGGAGGCAGGGUUGCCACCAGUACGUCAUUCACAACAACAAGUGCAUCCCUGAGUGUCCCUCCGGGUACACGAUGAAUUCCAGCAACUUGCUGUGCACCCCAUGCCUGGGUCCCUGUCCCAAGGUGUGCCACCUCCUAGAAGGCGAGAAGACCAUCGACUCGGUGACGUCUGCCCAGGAGCUCCGAGGAUGCACCGUCAUCAACGGGAGUCUGAUCAUCAACAUUCGAGGAGGCAACAAUCUGGCAGCUGAGCUAGAAGCCAACCUCGGCCUCAUUGAAGAAAUUUCAGGUUAUCUAAAAAUCCGCCGAUCCUACGCUCUGGUGUCACUUUCCUUCUUCCGGAAGUUACGUCUGAUUCGAGGAGAGACCUUGGAAAUCGGGAACUACUCCUUCUAUGCCUUGGACAACCAGAACCUAAGGCAGCUCUGGGAUUGGAGCAAACACAACCUCACCAUCACUCAGGGGAAACUCUUCUUCCACUAUAACCCCAAACUCUGCUUGUCAGAAAUCCACAAGAUGGAAGAAGUUUCAGGAACCAAGGGGCGCCAGGAGAGAAAUGACAUUGCCCUGAAGACCAAUGGGGACCAGGCAUCCUGUGAAAAUGAGUUACUUAAAUUUUCUUACAUUCGGACAUCUUUUGACAAGAUCUUGCUGAGAUGGGAGCCGUACUGGCCCCCCGACUUCCGAGACCUCUUGGGGUUCAUGCUGUUCUACAAAGAGGCCCCUUAUCAGAAUGUGACGGAGUUCGACGGGCAGGAUGCGUGUGGUUCCAACAGUUGGACGGUGGUAGACAUUGACCCGCCCCUGAGGUCCACCGACCCCAAAUCACAGAACCACCCAGGAUGGCUGAUGCGGGGUCUCAAGCCCUGGACCCAGUAUGCCAUCUUUGUGAAGACCCUGGUCACCUUUUCGGAUGAACGCCGGACCUAUGGGGCCAAGAGUGACAUCAUUUAUGUCCAGACAGAUGCCACCAACCCCUCCGUGCCCCUGGAUCCAAUCUCAGUGUCUAACUCAUCAUCCCAGAUUAUUCUGAAGUGGAAGCCCCCCUCAGACCCCAAUGGCAACAUCACCCACUACCUGGUUUUCUGGGAGAGGCAGGCGGAAGACAGUGAGCUGUUCGAGCUGGAUUAUUGCCUCAAAGGGCUGAAGCUGCCCUCGAGGACCUGGUCUCCACCAUUCGAGUCUGAAGAUUCUCAGAAGCACAACCAGAGUGAAUAUGAGGAUUCGGCCGGCGAAUGUUGCUCCUGUCCAAAGACAGACUCUCAGAUCCUGAAGGAGCUGGAGGAGUCCUCGUUUAGGAAGACGUUCGAGGAUUACCUGCACAACGUGGUUUUCGUCCCCAGAAAAACCUCUUCAGGCACUGGUGCUGAGGACCCUAGGCCAUCUCGGAAACGCAGGUCCCUUGGCGAUGUUGGGAAUGUGACGGCAGCCGUGCCCACGGUGGCAGCUUUCCCCAACACUUCCUCAACCAGCGUGCCCACGAGUCCGGAGGAGCACAGGCCCUUUGAGAAGGUGGUGAACAAGGAGUCGCUGGUCAUCUCCGGCUUGCGACACUUCACAGGCUAUCGCAUCGAGCUGCAGGCUUGCAACCAAGACACCCCUGAGGAACGGUGCAGUGUGGCAGCCUACGUCAGUGCCAGGACCAUGCCUGAAGCCAAGGCUGAUGACAUCGUCGGCCCUGUGACGCACGAAAUCUUUGAGAACAAUGUCGUCCACUUGAUGUGGCAGGAGCCGAAGGAGCCCAAUGGUCUGAUUGUGCUGUAUGAAGUGAGUUAUCGGCGAUAUGGCGAUGAGGAGCUGCAUCUCUGCGUCUCCCGCAAGCACUUCGCUCUGGAACGGGGCUGCAGGCUGCGCGGGCUGUCGCCGGGGAACUACAGCGUGCGAGUCCGGGCCACCUCCCUCGCGGGCAACGGCUCCUGGACAGAACCCACCUAUUUCUACGUGACAGACUAUUUAGAUGUCCCGUCAAAUAUUGCAAAAAUUAUCAUCGGCCCCCUCAUCUUUGUCUUUCUCUUCAGUGUUGUGAUUGGAAGUAUUUAUCUAUUCCUGAGAAAGAGGCAGCCAGAUGGGCCGCUGGGACCACUUUACGCUUCUUCAAAUCCUGAGUAUCUCAGUGCCAGUGAUGUGUUUCCAUGCUCUGUGUACGUGCCGGACGAGUGGGAGGUGCCUCGAGAGAAGAUCACCCUCCUUCGAGAGCUGGGGCAGGGCUCCUUCGGCAUGGUGUAUGAGGGCAACGCCAGGGACAUCAUCAAGGGUGAGGCAGAGACCCGCGUGGCGGUGAAGACGGUCAACGAAUCAGCCAGUCUCCGAGAGCGGAUUGAGUUCCUCAAUGAGGCCUCGGUCAUGAAGGGCUUCACCUGCCAUCACGUGGUGCGCCUCCUGGGAGUGGUGUCCAAGGGCCAGCCCACGCUGGUGGUGAUGGAGCUGAUGGCUCACGGAGACCUGAAGAGCUACCUCCGUUCUCUGCGGCCAGAGGCUGAGAAUAAUCCUGGCCGCCCUCCCCCUACCCUGCAAGAGAUGAUUCAGAUGGCGGCAGAGAUUGCUGACGGGAUGGCCUACCUGAACGCCAAGAAGUUUGUGCAUCGGGACCUGGCAGCGAGAAACUGCAUGGUCGCCCAUGAUUUUACUGUCAAAAUUGGAGACUUUGGAAUGACCAGAGACAUCUAUGAAACGGAUUACUACCGGAAAGGGGGCAAGGGUCUACUCCCUGUACGGUGGAUGGCACCGGAGUCCCUGAAGGAUGGGGUCUUUACCACUUCUUCUGACAUGUGGUCCUUUGGCGUGGUCCUUUGGGAAAUCACCAGCUUGGCCGAACAGCCUUACCAAGGCCUGUCUAAUGAACAGGUGUUGAAAUUUGUCAUGGAUGGAGGGUAUCUGGAUCAACCUGACAACUGUCCAGAGAGAGUCACUGACCUCAUGCGCAUGUGCUGGCAAUUCAACCCCAAGAUGAGGCCAACCUUCCUGGAGAUUGUCAACCUGCUCAAGGACGACCUGCACCCCAGCUUUCCAGAGGUGUCGUUCUUCCACAGCGAGGAGAACAAGGCUCCCGAGAGUGAGGAGCUGGAGAUGGAGUUUGAGGACAUGGAGAAUGUGCCCCUGGACCGUUCCUCGCACUGUCAGAGGGAGGAGGCGGGGGGCCGGGAUGGAGGGUCCUCGCUAGGUUUCAAGCGGAGCUACGAGGAACACAUCCCUUACACACACAUGAACGGAGGCAAGAAAAACGGGCGGAUUCUGACCUUGCCUCGGUCCAAUCCUUCCUAACAGUGCCUGCCGCGGUGGGGGCGGGCAGGGUUCCCAUUUUCGCUUUCCUCUGGUUUGAAAGUCUCUGGAAAACUCAGGAUUCUCACGACUGUACCAUGUCCAAUGGAGUUCAGAGAUCGUUCCUAUACAUUUCUGUUCAUCUUAAGAUGGACUCGUUUGGUUACCAAUUUAACUAGUCCUGCAGAGGAUUUAACUGUGAACCUGGAGGGCAAGGGGUUUCCACAGUUGCUGCCCCUUUGGGGCAACAACGGUUUCAAACCAGGAUUUUGUGUUUUUUCGUUCCCCCCACCCGCCUCCAGCAGAUGGAAAGAAAGCACCUGUUUUACAAAUUCUGUUUUUUUUUUUUUUUUGCUGGUGUCUGAGCUGCAGUAUAAAAGACAAAACUUCCUGUUUGUGGAACAAAAGUUUGAAAGAAAAAACAAAACAAAAACACCCAGCCCUGUUCCAGGAGAAUUUCAAGUUUUACAGGUUGGGCUUCAAGAUGUUUUUUCAUUUGUUUGUUUUUUUGUUUUUUUUUUCUCAUCCAGGCUGAAGGAUUUUUUUUUUUUCUUUACAAAACGAGUUCCUCAAAUUGACCAAUAGCUGCUGCUUUCAUACUUUGGAUAAGGGUCUGUGGUCCCGGCGUGUGCUCACGUGUGUAUGCGCGUGUGUGUGUCCAUUAGACAUGGCUGAUGUGUGUGCAAAGUAUCCAUGCGGAGUUGAUGCUUUGGGAAUUGGCUCAUGAAGGUUCUUCUCAAAGGUGCGAGCUCAUGUCCCCCUCUCUCCUUCCUUCUUAUUGACUGGGAGACUGUGCUCUCGACAGAUUCUUCUUGUGUCAGAAGUCUAGCCUCAGGUUUCUACCCUCCCUUCACAUUGGUGAAAAGAUGCUUUUUGGGAGCCAAGGGAGGAGCAUUUCAUUUGGAGUGAUUAUGAAUCUUUUCAAGACCAAACCAAGCUAGGACAUUAAAAAAAAAAAAAAAAAAAAGAAAAAACAAAAUGGAAAAAGGAAAAAAAAAAAAAAGAACUGAGAAGAGUUUUGAGAAUAUAUUUGUAACAUAUUUAAUUUUUAAAGUCUCUGGUAUUAGCCUCAUAAGUUAUUGACUAUUCCCUGGGGUUGGCGGGGAGUGGGGACGUGAGUUGGUCUGCCUGUUGUGGGGCCGGGAAGGGGAGGGAGUCAGGCACAAGUGGCCUCUUUGUUUGGUCUUAAAGGCAUCCGUUUCUGGGAAUGAAGCCACGUUCGCUGCUAACACUUUUGGACGUUGUGAGGCCACGUGGAGUGUGUGGGAGACUAGGUUUUAUGGAUGGUCUGGUUCAGGUACCAGGUCUGCUGGAAGGUUCCUGUUCGGAUAAGCUGGUAGCUACCUAGCUCUGAGCCUGCCUUCAAGAACACCUGUGUUCAGCCUCUGCUUCUCUGUGUGUACCUCUUGUGGCGUUUCCUCUCCUGGGUGUGAACAUCCUACCGUUAUUGUGCAAACACAAGAACAUCAGAUCCCAAAGCAUAACAACCUGGAUGGACUUUGGGAACAUCUAAGCAAUAGAGAGGUACACUGAGAGUGCAUCUUGGUCCCCUCCACCCUGAGAGCAUCUGACGGUCCUCAGUACUGAACUCCCGGAAGCUGCUGUGAGCCCGGUGACCUCAUCUGGGCCAGGUGUGGUGCCCGAGCAGAAUGCUCAGGCGCUUACAAUGUUGCAAUCCCUAAGAGAGGAGAGUCUGGAGGAGAAACCGUGAAAAAGACCUUUCACGCCACCAAAAACUUCCGAACGGGCGUGAAUCCACCGUUUCUUCUCUUUGCAAAAAGAACCACCACAGCUGCUCAAAGAACAUAGUGAACUCAUCACUUUGGUUCAUCAAGAAAUCAUCGCCCAUGAUUCCUGAGUGCAUUUUCUUACAACUUUUUGACUGCUUCCUUUUCUUCUUCUCUUAAGAGUUGUGGGCUUAAGAAUGGGAUAGAGUCAUAAUGGCAACCUCCAAGCCCUCUCAAUUCUUGAUUAAGAACACAGGUAGACAUGAAUCCCAAUGGUCUAUUGCUAUCUUAUUUAUAUGAUUUGGGAAAAUACAGCAUGUGAAAAUAUUGCUGAGGAGCCUCAGUGAUUGGGUACAAGAAGCAAGAGUACGGAAAUUAUUUUUGCCAAAUUUAUUUUGUAAAUAUGAGGGUCUGUACCUAAAUUAAAAAAAAACACGUAGAUCUAGGUAUUUUGUUCUCUUCUUAGUCAAUUUGUAGUGGUUGUAUACUACACUAGCUGCAAUUUUCACAUUUUUCUAAUUCAGAAAGGUUUUUCUUAUAUUAGGGGAAAAAGUAUUUAUUUUAAUAUAUAAAAUCACUCUGAAAAUCACUCUCAUAAAAAAUGGGGCGCAUGUAAAUUUUUAUCAAAGAAAAAUAAACAGGUGAAUGGGGGAUAGUGAUUUUCUUUUUUCAGCACAGUCUACCUCAGCGUAUUGUUAAGAUGUGAUUCAAUCAUGGACAUCUUUGAGAUUUCAGAAUUCUACCUGGAACCGGUCUGAAUCAGGGAACGUGUGUAUCGGCUGAUUCGAAUGCCAGGGACCAGUAAGAAUUUUGAGGGAGGGAGUUGGGAUGGAGAAGGUAUGGCCUCUAUGUGAGCAUAGAUCCUUUUCUUCCUGGCUGGUAAUAUUCUUCUCUGAAUUUAAUCUUCCUUUAAAAAAAAAAAAAUCUCCAUCUAUUGUCACUGUGUUCCCCAAACAUAAACUAAGUUCCAGGCUGUCAUGAUGUAUCUGAUAUAUGGGGUACCCCCGAAAGGUGUACCUUCCUUUGGUGAGAGAUGGCUGCUGGGGCAAAGACGGGCUUUGAUUCAGAACAAGCAUUCCCACCUGUUCCAUGGAAUCCCCCUGAAGUGAGCACAAAGGUGCCCUGGGCUCCCUGAUGGUUUAUUCCCACUCCUUUCAGGCUGGUGAUGCACCUUACACACAAACACCUAAUGCAAUGUCUUUUUAAAUUCUCCAAGUGGGAUGGGAGCAUGUGGGGGAAAUUCCAGUCCAAAACCCAUUAAUGUGCUGAACACUUUUUUUUUUUUUCAACAACCCCUUGGACCUCUGUGUUGGGGUUUGAUUGACCUCAAGCUGAUAUUGUUGGACCUUGUGCAGCUUUGAUAACCCAUGUCAGAGUCUAGACAGGGCCAGUGGGGCCCAAAUCUUGCUGCUCUUGUACUUUUAGGCACUGCCCUUGCAGACUCGCCUUUCUCCACCUGCCCUGGAGAAAGGUAGGGUGCCGGGCCUGCCCCUUGCAAAUGGGGUUCACCAAUUUCAUUUAUUUGACUCUACUGCUGCAGUGAAAAGAGCAAACAGCUACUGGGUUGCAAGCCUCCUUUGACAUUAGGAAAUGUUGACUUUUUAACAAUAAAACUUUGGUCCUAGAAAGACACAGUUGUCCUGGGAGUUUGUAGUGUUAAGUUGCAACAACAAAAACAAGCAACAAAACCAGCUUAGGGUAACACUUUUUGUUGCUUGUUUUUAAAGAUGUCUCACUAGGAUUAAAACCCUUUUCAUUAAUGUAGUGAAAGCCACACAGGAGUUUCUUCUUCCAAGAGGAGAAUACUAAGCAUGUCACUUUCGCUCUGCAUCAGUGAUGUCAAAUACGCAUCAGAAAAUGUUCAGGUUUUGGGAGCUGUCCUAGGUGCUGUUGCAUCAUUGGAAGUAGUGAGAAGGAGAAGCACUGCUGCUUGUCUGGAUGUAGGCUGAGGACGAUUGAGAGAAGCUGUGGGAACUGACACAAGGGUCUGCACAGGUCAUCCUGCGACCCUGGGGACUAUGUUGCCAACUGACGGACAGAUCUUUCACUGUAUCCUACCAGGGCAGGUAGUCCACCAAGAAAUGUGCUUAUUGGAUUGGGAGGUGUUUAUUUGUAGUCCGCUGCAACACGUGUGAAAAAGCAGGAGCGUCAUCAGCAUAUGACUUGCACUGAUCAUCUGGUAGAUGGAUGUGCUUUAGUCCCAGUGGUAAUCAUUUCUCUCCUUCACAGUGGGUGGAAGUUGAGGGUUAAAUGUCCUUUGAAUGCCACCUGGUGAGUCCUUGACACCUUAGGCUCUUCAGAAAUGACGGUUUUGUUGAGGAUGGGGAACAGGGAAUGCCGAUUUUAUAUACAUGGUACACGUAGAGGGGUGUCACUUCAGAAAAUCUUCCAGCAUGUUCUUCAGAAUAUUAAUUUAUAUGAGAGGUGAGGUUGGGAAUGAAAAGAACAGUUCAGCACUUUUUUUUUUUUUUUCCUAGAACAUACAAGAGAACAUGGUGGACUUCCAGGGGGCUGCAAUGGAAGAUGAAUAUUUCCUUAAGGGUCCCGAGAAAUGGGGGUGAGGGGAGGGGACACAACAGCUUUUUGAGCUUACUGUUACCUUCUAAUACCAGUCAAGGUCCAGAACCAGCCACCAGCCAAAUUUCUAUCUGGGUGUGGGCCACUGAAAAUCCUUGUUAAAAACCAGAUCAUAAAUCUGGGGCUCUUGGUCCCAUUGGAGAAGGAAGGAAGAGCCUCAAAAUCAGUGUGCCUCCACGCACAUAUUCAGGAACGGCUUGUUUAGUCUUCACACUUUGCCUGAAAGUUGCUGCUCCUCGUCCCUUUGUGUGCCUGGGUGGCCUCGGCCCUGCGUGUUGGUAACGCAGGAUCAAAUGUGCCGCAGCUUUUGCAGAAAACAACUCAGAAACACGAAACCCACCAACAGCUCAAUUCUUAUUUUUUCAAUGUUUUCCUACAAGAGCCAAGGCCAAGUAGCACCAUGUACAGAAGACGCCUUUUAUUUGGAAUAUUGAAAUCGUUCUGCAUGUAAAAUAUGGGAUAAUGACCUGUUUAUAUUAAAAUUCUGAUUAAAUUA